AUGGAACUCUCUACUUUACUUCUCACUGUUUUAACAGCGAGCAUCUGCUUAUAUUAUUUUGUUUUAAGUAAAAUAUCCGUUAAAUUAUCUCAUUUUGAACAAUUAAAAAUUCCUCAUUUGCGACCGAUUCCAUUAUUGGGUAACAUGACUCCUUUUGCUUUUCGACGUAUAUCCUAUAUGGAACUCUUACGAAAAAUGUACAAUCUCUUUCCGGACGCAAAGUUCUUCGGCCUCUACGAUUUUAUGACGCCAGUCAUCGUUAUUCGUGAUCCAGACCUGAUUUCUAUGAUCGCCAUUAAACAAUUCGAUAAUUUCUGCGAUCAUUCCGGCUUCACCAACAAAACUUUUGAUCCGAUAGCAAAUAAAAAUUUAUUUGACUUGCUUGGAGAUGACUGGCGCGAAAUGCGAAAACUUCUUAGUCCCAGCUUCACAUCUAAUAAGAUAAAGAUGAUGUUUGGACUUAUUUGCCAAUGUGCCGAAAACUUAGUCAAUUUUGUGACAACACAAUCCGUAGAAGCUGCCAAAACGUAUGAUAUGAAAGACUUACUUUCCAAAUAUACCAACGAUACAGUGGCCACGUGUGCCUUCGGUAUUGACGUGGAUUCUUUUAAGCAUCCGAACAAUGAGUUCUUUUUACUUGGCAAAGAAUCAUUCAAUUUUGAUGGCUGGUUGGUUUUUAAAUUUUUAAUGCAAAGAAAUUUCCCGCGACUUGCAAAACUCUUUAAACUGAGAAUGUUUGACCCAAAAGUAGAGAAUUUUUUUAAAGAUAUUGUUGCCACCACAGUGAAGACCAGAGAUGAGCAGGGAAUUAUUCGCCCGGACGUAAUUCAAUUGAUGAUGGAAUCAAGGAACAAUGAUAAUGGACGUGAGUACGACAUUAACGAAAUGACAGCUCAAGCGUUUGUUUUCUUUCUCGCCGGAUAUAACGCCAUAUCAACAGCUAUGUGUUUUAUGACGCACGAAAUCGGUGUCAAUUCGGAUAUUCAGAAAAAAUUGAGAGAGGAAAUCAACGAUGUUCUUAGGCAGACCAACGGCAAACCUACCUACGAAGCUAUCAAUUGCAUGAAGUAUUUGGAUGCCGUGAUAAAUGAAUCUCUCAGACUAUAUCCAAUAGGACCUUUUCUUGACAGAAAAUGUGUUAAGGAAACUAAAUUACCAUCAGCGACUCCGAAUGGCGAACCGAUCACAGUAAAACCUGGUGAUAGUGUAUGGUUUCCAAAUUAUUGUCUGCAUCGCGAUCCAAAAUACUACCCGCAUCCAGAUAAAUUCGAUCCAGACAGAUUCUUUAAUGGAGAUGUAAACAACUCAGUCUAUAUGCCAUUUGGUAUCGGACCUAGAAUGUGCAUAGGUAACAGGUUUGCCCUAAUGCAAGCAAAAGUCUUGCUGUUUUAUCUACUUUGGCGUUGCAAUCUCGAACCGGACAUUAAAACUCGAAUUCCUAUGGUGUUAAAGAAGGAAAUACUUCUUAUGAUGGCGGAUGGAGGUUUUUGGUUAAAGUUGCGAGUGAAGAAAUUGUAA